AUCACUUGGCACUUCAUAAACUGACUGCACUACAACAAGCCACAACCAAGCUUACAAACAAUUGUCUUUAACCUGUCCAAUUUUUCUCAAUCAGGACACUUCUUCGAAGCUUUUACUUGUGCCAAAACCAAGCUGAAGCUGGUAAAGAUAAUGGCUCUUGCUGGGUUGAAGGUCAUUGAGAUUGCUGGUCUAGCACCAGUCCCCCAUGCAGGACUGAUCCUUGCAGACUUCGGUGCCAGGGUCAUCAGGGUGGACCGACUUGCUCAGAUGAGUGACAAACUUAGCCGUGGCAAGCUGUCUGUCGCCCUCAACCUGAAGUCGCCAAAGGGAGUUGAAGCAUUCAAGAGAGUAAGCAGCGAUGCUGAUGUUCUGAUUGAACCCUUUAGACCUGGAACCAUGGAGAGGAUGGGUCUGGGUCCAUCUGCUUUGAUGAAAGACAAUCCUGGAUUAAUCUAUGCAAGGCUAAGUGGGUUUGGACAGGAAGGUCCUAUGAAGCAAAUGGCGGGUCAUGACAUCAAUUAUAUUGCCACCGCCGGGGUUCUGUCUGCACUUGGGCGAACAGGAGAGAAGCCCACCUUUCCUGUCAACUUGCUGGCAGACUUUGCCGGAGGGGGUCUGAUGUGUGCCAUGGGCAUCGUCAUGUCUCUGUUUGAAAGAACAAGAUCUGGACUUGGCCAAGUCAUUGAUGCAAAUAUGGUUAAUGGAGCAGCCUAUGUUAGCUCAUUUUUAUGGGCGAAUCGUGAUAUGGGUCUUUUUGGAGAUGAUGCCAGUAGAGGAAAGAAUCUUCUUGAUUCGGGAGCUCCAUGCUACGAUACAUAUCGUACUCUAGAUGCAAAGUAUAUGGCAGUGGGCGCCCUGGAACCCCAGUUCUAUGCUAAGUUCUUGGAAGGUAUUGGACUCGCUGAUGACGAUGAUCUACCUCCACAGUUGAGCAGGGAGGACUGGCCCAGUAUGAAGCAAACAUUUGCCAGUAUCUUCGCCACCAAGACCCAGUCAGAGUGGACCCAGAUCUUUGAGAACAGCGAUGCCUGCGUCACUCCUGUCCUGACUAGAGACGAGGCAUCCCAGCAUCCCCAUAACAAAGCCAUGGGACACUUCUUGACGAAUACCAAAGGGGGGCGCGAACCCGCCCCUGCUCCGAUCCUGUCGCGCACCCCUGCUCGGCCUAACUCGAUGGCUCUCCCAGCUGUCGGCCAAGACACACUGUCAGUUCUGUUAGAGGCUGGAUACAGCAAAGAUGAGGUGAAGGAGAUGUGCGAUAAUGGGGUUGCCGAAGUGGCAAAAGUGUCUUCCAAGUUAUGAGGAGCUUCCACAACAGGGUCCUACUGAUGGCGCGAAAUCAGCAUGAAGCAAUGAGCAUCCAUAAAAUGUAUUUGGCUUUCAGAAUUGUCAAAAUAUAUAAAGAUCAGAUUGCAAUUGAUGAUUACCUGAUGGCAGUCAGUGAUGGUGGUGGGAAAAUGCAGAGAAAUGAAAUAAAUGUUGUAAGGAGCUUAAUUGCGAGAGAUGGGUACAAAUAUCUAGGAGAAUGAAGGUGUAUGCAAUAUGUUCCAAGGUGAUUGCUCAUCUAUCUCUCUCUCUCUCUUUAUUAAGAUGAGGCUCAGCAAUUCAAAUGGUGUUCAAUAACAAUUUCUUUGAAUGCAUGUGACAGCAGCCUUCCAAGAAAUUCUAGUAUCAAAGGGACUUACAAUUAUUGUUGACCAGCAGUGAUUGUGAAAAUUACUGAUGCUGUAUUAAAUUUAAUAUGUUGUGAUGGUUUGGCUUUGGUGAACAUGCUAGUUUUUGCUGUAAAUUUCCACUUUUAACCAUGGUCAUUGUAGCACUUAAAAAAAGUUUGAUUGAUUGAUUGAACUAUGAUUAUUUUAAAAUUUGAAAUAUAUGACAAUUCAUAAACAUGCUAAAAUUUCAAAUCUUUGCCAUUGCUUAACAUACAUGUAGCCAUCUGGAUCUGGACAAUUUCUGAAGUGAUCCAAUUAGAAUGAAAAACAUUCAGCUUUCAACAAGUUAAUUUAUCUUCAAAAAGUUAACAGUUCAAAGGAUAGUUUUAAAAAAGGAUUCAUUAUUAAACACCAGUAGUUUUCAGGAUAAUAAAGACGUUGAAGGAAUCUAGUUCCUUGACAAAUCAUUGUCUUUUCCAUUAUUCACUAUGAUGGCCUGAAUCUGGCAUAAAAGAAGUUCUUUCGAAACCAGGAUUUAAACCUGCUUCUGGAUUAAUGAGGUAUAAAUGUUUUUAAGUGUGUGCAUGGUCAAUGUAUGUUAAUUUGUGUUUAUUUUCGUACGUUUAAAAUGAGUUCGACCACACCCUUUAUUUAAAACGUUUUUGGAAUGAGGAUCACUUAUUCUUCCCUUUACUUCGAAUGAGUCAAUGAGAGAAAAAUGCAGAGAAAAUAAAAAAAAUGUUAGAAGGAAUUGCAAAAUGGAGUACUCAACAGCCUGGAGAUAGGAGAUGAAUAAGAUAUUUCCUUUAAGGUUAUUGCACAUUAUCUUCUGUUGGUGAAGAGAUUCAGCUAUUCAUACGGUAACAGUUGUUAAUUGUAUGACUUCCAAGAAUUUCAAUUGUUGACCUGCGGUGAUUGUGAAAGCUACUGUAUUGUGAGCAACUGUAAUAUGUAUAGUUGUUUCAUUUUUAAGACCCCCUGAUUUUUUUUUUUUUUAUAAAUUAGGAUCAUUGAUUUUUUCUCUUCUUUCUUAAAUUCUAACUUGUUCAUCUGUUCACUUGAUUCCGAAAUUAUUAUCUUGCCACUGUUUGCCUCUGAAUUCUUUUCCAUUUCCCUCAGAGAAAUAGCAUGUAGCAUUGAUGAGAAAAUGAAAUAGUAGAUCACCAAGGACAUAGUUUGCAGACUUAAUAGUAUUCUGUUAGUCAUCUUCAUCUUGUUAUUUCAAAUCAUUCCAUCAACUUUAUGUUAUUUGUGCUUGAUGGAGGAGACAUUGUAGUUAUUAUCCUCCGGAGGAAGACACUUAUUUUGCAGGGUGGAGCACUAAAUUAAAUCAUGUGUGCUGGAACCAUUUUGUUAUAGUCUUCAUUUGAGUUAUGACUGAUCUGAUCAACCUCCGCUGUGGAAAUCCAUCAAUGUCGAAAAUUUUUAUACAGGAAAUUGCUAAAAUGUCCCUUUGUAAAUAAAGAGGAGCAAAGUGAAUUGUCAAGACAAUGAUGCAUGCAUGAAUAUAUAUACAUCAUACUUAGAAAACGUGUUUAAUAGACAUGUGCAUUUUACAUGUUGGUGUUGCUGGCUUUCCAUAGUUGUGGUUGAUCGGAUCAAUUUUAACUCAAUUUAAUAUGAUGGGGCCAAGGUGGUCUUAACACAGUGGUCUAUAACGGGUUACCUCGAGCGAUGUUCGUGCAGGCUCCACUUCACUACCGCUACACUACGCUCCACCUACCCGAACAUUGAGAUGGUGAACCAGUUCGGAUAUACCGAGUCACAAAUGUGGGAUGGAAAUCAUGUUUAUCGUAAAAAUUAAAGAAAAAAAAUAUAACGAGAAAGAUGAAUAACUUAAUAUCUUACUCUACACCCGUAUUUCACUCCGUGUCCAUCCUCCGGUUAUCCUCAAAAUUGGUGAUUUUGGGCCAGUAUCUUCUUCCUCACACUUAUUAUUCAUGGCCGAUUUUAAAACAUCGCAUGCAAUCGCGAUUUGUUUGACACGAACAUCGCUUGAGGUAAUAACGGGUUUGUGAUCAAUCAAUCAAUAAAAAAAAAACCCUGUUCUGAUUAGUCCACUCUUAUUGACAAAAAUGCAUAGUGAAUAAUGCUAUUUUGCAACUGAUUGCAAGUAUUGAUUGUACAUGACCCUGGUCCCUUGGAAAUGAUACUUCAAAACUGUCCAUCUUUUGGUAGUUAAAUUCUCUAACAAGCAUGUAUUUAUUAAACACUUGACAGUCAGUGAAUUGAUACAGCCACCAACUUUACUUACUAUUAAUGAAUGAAUUGAAAUUUCUGAAAUGAAAAUGAAAGUUUUCAAAUUAUCAUCACCUGUAUUGUAAUAAUACGUCUACAUUUAUAAAUAGUUACUGAUAAGAUUGUUGUAAGUAAAUGUCUUCAUUAAUUUUAUCGGGAAGCAUGUUUUUUACUUUCAUGUUAUUCCUCAAAAGAAUAUAAUCUGUCUUGUUCCAUUAUGACUUGGAUUUUUUAUACUAGUAUGUGAAAUGUUCAUUUCAGGAAUUAUUGAAUUUAAGUUUGUAAAGUCUCUUUAUGCAUUUUACCUAAAUAUUUUGAUGUAUUGUUGGGAAAUGGGAUGGAAUCAUUAUUUUUCCAUUUUAAUCUUUGAUGCAAGGUAAAAAGUUGAUUUGAAAUGCAACGCAGAUGUGUAUAAUUGAUAAAUUUCACAACUGUUACAUAUGUCGCAAGCUUAUCUGUUACGAUUAAAACAAAAUUACUGUACAAAAACAGAUAUAUUUACCUCUCAAGUCCCAUUCAUGAUUGCACAUUUGCAUUUGCUAGCUGAAAUGAUCUUUGCAUUUUUUCUUCUACUCAUCAACUUCUUCAAAAAUAAAGAAAAAAUAGGGGAAGAGGGAAAAGCUAAAAAAAAAAAAGACUAUCAAAUGGAUAUAAAUAGGUUAAGAAAGUAUGAUUCGUAUUUUCAUAUAAUUCAAAUGACAAAAAAUGAAAAUAAAUCGUUACAUAAGAGUUUCUUUUACACAAAGUUUUGCAGAAUGCUUGGAAGUUUCACUGACAUUGCAGUGUGCACAUCUCAUGCUUGAGAUCCCAUAUUUCAAACGUUGUUUUCUCCUUAUUUUUGAAGCUCUUGCCUUGUUUUUUUUUCUCCAUUCAAUAAAGUUCUUGUAUUGUUAUUGUUAAUUGAUUUUAACAAGUUAUGUUUCAAUUGAAUGCUUAGGAUGUGCUUUUUAAACUCAAUAAAAAUCUCAAAAUUCAUUUGGGGCAACUUUUUGUUGGUUUUGGGGUGGCUGGUCACAUAUGCGACAAUUUCAUCUUUGUGAGAAAAAUAUAAAUCUUAUGAAACAUAUUCAUAUUGGAGUAUAAAUAAUGUUGCAUAAUGGAAAAUUAUAUAUUUUUAUGACGAAAAGUUUUUAAAAUAAAUUAUGAGAUUAAAA